AUGGGUGUUCCUAAAUUUUAUCGAUGGAUUUCCGAACGCUAUCCAAAUAUCACUCGUGUUAUCAGUGAUAAUCAGAUCCCAGAAUUUGAUAAUUUUUAUUUGGAUAUGAAUGGUAUUAUUCAUGCUUGUUCACACACUAAUGAUGAGAAUAGUGACACAAAUGUAUCCGAAGAAGACAUAUUUCGAAAUAUAUUUCAUUAUAUUGAUUUCCUAUUUCGAAUGAUUAAACCAAGAAAAGUAUUUUUCAUGGCUGUUGACGGUGUUGCACCAAGAGCUAAAAUGAAUCAGCAACGAGCAAGACGUUUUCGCGCUGGUCGCGAUCGUAUGAAAAAAUUGAAUGCAUUGGCUGAAAAAUCGGGUACACCAUUGAAUGAAAUGAAUCGAUUUGACACAAAUGCAAUUACCCCUGGCACUGAAUUUAUGUUCAAUCUCAACGAACAACUGAAGUAUUUUAUCAAUAUUAAAAUUACAACUGAUCCAUUAUGGGAAGGUGUUCAAAUUCAUUUAUCUGGACAUUUAACACCCGGUGAAGGUGAACAUAAAAUAAUGGACUUUAUUCGUUUUACACGCUCAUUACCUAAUUAUAAUGCGAACACAAGACAUUGUUUAUAUGGUUUAGAUGCUGAUUUGAUUAUGCUUGGUUUAGUUACUCAUGAAUUAAAUUUCGCCUUAUUGCGUGAAGAAGUCACAUAUGGUGUGAAGAAGACGACAAAAAUACCAUUACCAGAAGAAAUCAAUUGGCAUUUGUUACAUUUAAAUAUAUUACGCGAAUAUAUUGAUCUUGAAUUUCGUCCAAUUAAGGAUCAGUUAAAAUUUCCGUAUGAUAUUGAUAAGAUUGUUGAUGAUUGGAUAUUGAUGGGAUAUCUAGUUGGAAAUGAUUUUGUACCACAUUUGCCACAUUUUCAUAUUAAUGAAAAUGCAUUGCCGCUUCUGUGGGAUACAUAUAAGAAAAUUUUGCCAAAAUUAGAUGGGUAUAUGAAUGAUAAUGGACAUAUGAUUUUAUCACGUUUUGAAACGUAUAUAACUGAAUUAUCAAAAUUUGAUUUUGAACGUUUUGAAUAUCAGAACGAUACAAUAAAACAUUUUGAUACAUUAAAUUCAAUAACAUUUGGAAAAUGUGUAAAUGAAAACAAGAUGAAUAAUAAUAAUAAUAAUAAUGAUAUUCAAAAUAUGAAUGAAUUAAAAAAACUAAUCACAAAUAAAAAAUCACAUUCGAGAUUGAAAGACAAAUCAGAGACAAAUCAUGUUGGUGAUGAUCCGAAUGGAGAAUUGAUCGAUGAGUUUAUCGAGAAAGAGCGUAAAGAUGCGCAAACAACGGAGACGAGUGAAGAUAUAAACAUUAAAAAUAAUGAUAUGAGUAUUCGAUCUUCGUUGACCGAUGAUGAAAAUCCUGUCUACCCGGAUCCAGGUGAUGAACAUUCAUCAGCUUAUGAAACACUCAGCUCAUCUGAUGAUAGUGAACAAGAAGAAGGUAUGAUUGAACCAUCAACAAUAUCAGAAGAUGAUAAUAAUGAACCACUGAUAGAAAGUGAAUUUCGUCAACAUAAAAGACAUUAUUAUCGUGAAAAAAUGAAUAUUGAACAGAUGACAUCGAAUAUAAUGCGUACAAAUGUUGAACAUUAUAUAUUUGCCUUACAAUGGAUAUUGAAAUAUUAUUAUAAUGGUUGUCAAUCAUGGUCAUGGUUUUAUCCACAACAUUAUGCACCCUAUCUGUCCGAUUUAAAAAAUUUCAAAGAUUUAGAUAUUCAGUUUGACAGUGGAAAACCAUUUAGGCCAUUUGAACAGUUAUUAGCUGUGUUGCCACCUACAAGUCGUGAUUUAUUACCAAAAUCAUUACAAUCGUUAAUGACUGAUAUUGAAAGUCCAUUGCUUCAAUUUUAUCCCGAAGAUUUUCGUCUUGAUCAAAAUGAGAAGAAACAAGAUUGGGAAUCCAUUGUUUUAUUACCAUUUAUUGAUGAAAAACUUUUAUUGAAUACAAUAUCAAAAUAUUAUACACGAUUGACUGAUGAUGAAAACUUGCGGAAUGAUAAUUCUCCCUCCUAUUGUUAUACAUCAACAAAUCAUUUAAAACCUAUCACAAAUAUCUUGAAAAAUCCGUACUUUCCACCACUAACAGAAACGAAAGCAUCCUGUAAAGAAUACGCACACGAUUAUUAUCGUCCUACUGAUUUUAAAUAUAAAACUGGACGAUUUACGGACCAACCAUUGUUACUAUUUCCAAAGUUUCCCUGUUUAAAUGUACUGGACUACGAGUAUUCAUUUAAAAAGUCCGCUGUUGAUAUAUUUGAAUCAAAAUCAAAAUCAGUCACAUUAGUAUUAAGAUUGAAAUAUCGACCAGCUCAAGAUUUAAUAACGUACAACGAAAAUUAUAAAUCUGUUGAUGAAGGUGGUGAAUCAUCAGACGCCCCAUUUAUAAUUAAUGAUCGACAAAAACUAAUUCAACGUUAUAUGGGUAAAUGUCUAUUUAUGAAUUGGCCACAUUUUGAAUAUGGAGUUGUUUGUGCUAUUAGUGACUUUAAGCAAUUAUAUAUUUGGAAAACUAUUCCCGGUGGAGCGGUUUUUUCAUUACAAUCGCCUUACACAGAAGAUAUAAAACAUUAUACACAAACCCCGGUGUAUGUAACACGUUUACCAUUUGAAUAUGAUGAAGAAAAGUAUUUUCAUGAAAAAAUAUCCUAUACAACUCACACAUUACGUGGAGAAGAUGAAAAAAAUGAAUAUUCAAAAGCUACGAAUAUUAAUCGACGUUAUGAAGUACGUCAAGGUGUUAAUAUUGGACAUAUUCCAUUGAUAUUGUAUAUAAGUCCAUUAAUUGGUUAUAGAACACAAUGUCAAUCAUCGACAAGUGAUAGAUGUUCAACAUAUAAAUGUUUUUCAAAUCAAGCCUAUCCUUAUCCACUUCAAACAUGUUUAUUUCAAUUACCAAAUUAUAAGUCAGAAAAAGAUCUAUUUCAUUUUCCACAAACUAUUAAUGAUAAUUUUAAACUCAAUGAUCUAAUAUUUAGUUUACAUUCACCGAGUUAUGCGUGUUAUGGUCAUGUGCAAAAUAAUGUCGUUGAUAACUGUAAACAUUUUAUUGAAUGUAAAAUGAAUACUGAUGCUCCGAUACAUCCAGAUAUACAUGCUUUAUCACCAAAAUUAAAGAAAUAUGAGACUAUUUAUUACUCAGCACAAGAAGUAGCCGCAUAUUUACAAACACACCCAUGUGUAAUUUCAAAAAUAACCGGUACAGUUAUUAUUACCAGUGGCAAACGUGACGCUGUCGCGAAAAUUAACGUUGGUUUAUCAUGGAAAAUGAAUAAUCCAGUGAAACAAUUACACGGUUAUACAAAAAAAAUCGAAGGUAUUUGGUGUUAUUCGGAUGAAGCUGUGUUAAUUAUUAUCGAUUAUAUGACAAAAUUUCCUGAACUUGUUACACAUAUAAUAAAAUAUCCAAAAUUAGAUUGUUAUCCCGAACUCUCGAUAUGGCCACCUAAAAAAGGAAAAACACAUGCAUUGGAAAUUAGAACAUGGAUAAAAUCUUUACCUACAUAUUCAAUGCAGCUAACUAGUGCAUCAUGGAUUAUAUUAGACACACCAGUUAUUAAACAAAUUGAUUCUGUAGUCAAAUCAUAUUAUAAACGAUCAAAUAAUCGUAAAACUUCAUCAACAGGUUGCUUACGUAUUGAAGCUAGUCGUCUAUUUAAACCAUGUGAAUAUCUUGGCUUAUGCAAUGCUGAUCCACAAACAGAAUUUUGCCUAUAUGAUCGUGUUGUUACCGUAAGAUUAGGCGCUGGUGUACCGAUUGGAUCACGUGGAACUGUUAUUGGUGUCAUGCCAGGUCGUACAAAUUUAGAUACUUAUUUUGAAAUAUUAUUUGAUGAGUUACCUAAAGGUAGCUUGUAUUCGAUUUUAUUUAAUGGUGGUCAACAACAACAAUGUCGGGUUAAAGUACGUUCGUACCAUUUACUCAAUUAUACACAUAGUCUAAGAUUUAAACCACAUGACAUGAUGCAACGUUCAACAUUGUUAGUUGAAAAUCCGUGGGAACGACGUUCAUUAGAACCGUUGAUGCAUCGUCCAUCAUCACAACAACACGCUGAUACUUCUAUGAAUAGUCAUCCACAAAGUAUUCGAAUAUUAAAACGCGGUACGGGUGAUAAUAAUGGAAGCGUUACUACUAAUAAUCCAAAUGUCGUUCGUAAUAAAUCAAGUUUUGUUGAAAUUGAUUAUCAGCAGUCUACAGCACAGAAUCAAACAAAUACAAGAACUCGUGUACAACAACAGCCAAAAAGUGUAACUCCGUCCAAUAUAGGAAAUAAAUCGACUUUUUCAGAUGUACAUGGCAAGGAACAACCAAAAGAUGAAAAAAUUUAUUAUUCUCCAACAUUGCGGAGUGCAAUUGAAAAAUCAAAACGUCCACAAGACUCACAAUUACAAAAUUACAAUUCUGAUAAUCGAACUGGUGUAUCAAGUUACAAUCAAUCUCAAAAAAGUGAAAUACCGCAACAGCGGGAGCAAGUUGCAUCAGCUAGUAUAACAGAACGUUUACUAAAACUAUUUGAAGAAGCCAAUAUAACACCACGAGAUUCUUCGGUUAAACAGACGCCAUCUGAGGAAAAAACAAUGAAUGUUCAACAAUCCCAUCAACAAGAAAUGCAAGAAACAAACGUAGUCUCUAAUGAUUUAAAUAAAAUUUUUAUGAAAUCACAAUUACCAGAAUCGCCUGUUUCUUCAAUGUCUUCUGUGAAUCAUAUUGAUAUUAGUCAACUGCCACUACCAUCACAACAAAUAAAUGAAAGACCCGCGCCUGAUGUGUUAACGCGUGGAAUGAAUCCAAAUGCACAAGAAUUUGUAGAUGAAUAUCGUCCAUGUGCAUCCUUAGCCUGUUUAUCAAAUGAUUUGUGUCCAAUAGAAAAUACGGAGGAUAUAGUUGAAAAACCACUAUCAUCAACAUUAUUAACAGCUAUUAGUGUAUUUCCAUCACAAUUAUCAGAUACACAAUCACCAAUUAAAUUAAAUGUUGAACAACAACUAACAUCAAAAACAAAAGCAUCGCCAUCAAACAGAAAAGAAAUAACGGCGAGCAAAACGUCAGCAUUUACACCUGUUCGCUCUGGUCCAUCUACGACUACCACCUUAACUACAAUGCAGCCAAAUAUACACGAUUCAAUGCAUACUUCAUCACAACAACCAUCUGUUUUUAGUUAUGCUAUUGAACAAAUGUGUAACUCUGAAAAAAAUGAUGAACAUAUGUUACCAAAGCAGACGAAUGAUGUUGGUGCUCAGUCGCAUAUUUCACCACAUCAACUUUAUUCAGAGCAACAUCGUCAAAAUACUUAUCCGCAAAAUAGUGUACAUUCAGGUCUAUUACCUACUUAUCCUAUGUCUGUUACAUCAUUAAAUAAUAAUCAAUUUUUACAAUAUCAUCUGAACAGUAGCAUAGGUAAUACCAAUAGCUAUCCUUUUCAACUGCCGACUAAUGGUGUCAAUUAUCAACAUACUGAAUCGAAUGGCUCCAUAAAUCGAUUAAAUAGACCUUUAAUUGAACAGCAACAAAAUCAGUCUUUUCCAUUAAAUAAUGAUUAUAAUAAUCCAUUUUCAAAUCCAACAACGCAAAUUCAAAUGCCAUCAUCGUUGUUAUCAAAGGCUAUUCGUCAAUCAGCACAAUUAGAGCAAAUAACCAGUCAACAACAACAACAACAGCAACAACGUAGUAGUUAUUCAAACAACAAUAAUAUUCCCUACUCACAACAACAGCAACAACAUAGUAGUUAUUCAAACAAUACUGUUCCCUACUCACAACAACCUCCACAAAUGACGAUGAUAUCUCCUUUUCAGAAUAAUGUUGAACGAAUUAUACCUUUGCCAUCAUAUCAUCAGCAACCGUCACUUGCCGGUCCAACACCCAUUGCUCCUUCUACAUCAGUAGUAAAACCCAGCGGAUCAACUUUACAAUUUGUACCAUCACAAGUGUUAAGAAAUAUUCCAAAAAAAAAUCAAUGA